UUGGUGUGGCGCCGCUCGAGGUCAGGCUGCAGGCCGAGGCUCGGCGGCGGCUCCGUCGGUCGAUCCUUGGAGAUGAGUUGAAGCCAGCCCAGUGGUCCUCCCCUUUUCCAUCCGCCCUGCUGCCCACGCGUCUAGGCAUAAAAUGGCAGCCAAGCUGCUGUUCCGUUGGUGUCCGCUCCACAGGGUCUCACCGCCGUGCGUUCGAGCAGCCCGGGCGUUCUCGAGAAGCAAGAAGCUGAGCCCCAGAAUGCCGCUUCUGGCCCCUCUGGCCCCACUGGCCACUUGCAGCCUCUUGAGGCAGACGGACAAGCUCUGCCCCAUGGAGCAGGCAGUCCAGAUGCCCACGGAGCACGCGAAGCUGGAGGACCUCAUUGACACGUCUGCCGCCCCGGAGGACCUCCUGCAUUUAGUGGAUGUGUAUUCUGUGAACACGAACCAGGCAGCCCGGAUGGUCAUUCGGCUCUCCUGGAUUGUGGCAGAGCAACAGCUAGACCCUGGCAAGGUUGUGGAGGAUGCCCGCUUCCAGCAGCUGCUUCAGGUCAUACACAAGCAGGUCUCUCAGGUGUGGAGCAGGGCCCUGGUGAACGUGCUGAAGAGCCUGUACUUGCUGGGGCUGGAACAGAGCAAGCUGGAGCUGCUGUCGGUCGAGCAGGAAGUGCGCUGGCGGAUCCGGCGCCUGCCCUUCCAGCACCUCGUCUCCCUGGCAGAUCACAUUGUCAGCCAUGCCCAGCAGGGCAAGCAGAGCGAGCUGCUGGGGGACCUGUUGAAGCACCUGGAGCUGCGUUGGGCGGAGAUCGAGGACACCAGGACGGUGGUGACCCUGAUGAGCAAAGUGGGGCCCUUCUCACCAGCCCUGAUGGAGCGCCUGGAGGACAAGAGCCUGGAGCUGGCCGAGCAGUUCACCACUGAAGACACCCGCAGAGUCGCCAUGGCCUUGGCGUUUCAGAACCGCCGGUCCAUCCCGCUGCUCCGGGCAAUCUCGUACCACCUGGUCCAGAAGCAGUUUUCACUGAGCCCAAGCGCGCUGCUGGACCUGACGUUCGCCUUCGGGAAGCUGAACUUCCACCAGACCCAGGUGUUCCAGAAGGUGGCCUCGGAGCUCCUCCCGCACCUGCCUGCUCUGACGCCAAGUGACGUGGUGCGCUGUGCCAAGUCCUUCAGCUACCUGAAGUGGCUCAGCGUUCCUCUCUUUGAGGCAUUUGCACAGUACGCCGUUGACAAUGCCGAGAGAUUCACCCCAGACCAGCUUAGCAACAUAAUUCUUUCUUUCGCUCGGCUAAAUUUCCAGCCCAGUAACACAGAGGCCUUCUAUUCCACGGUCCACCGCUGGCUCGACAGGCCGCUCGGCAACUUGAACCCGCACCUGCUGGUGGACCUGGUGUGGUCGUGGUGCGUGCUGCGGCAGGCAAAGGCCGCCCAUCUGCGAAAGGCCCUGGCGCCGGAGUUUUGCGCUGACUUCUUAGCCAACCACUCCUCGCAGGGGAAGAGCUACCAGCUCAAGCUGCUGCACAUCAACGCCACGGCCCGGCUGGAGUGUGCGGACUACGGCGGGCCCUUCCUGCCCCCGGACGUCCUGGACAUCAAGAAGCUGCUGGGGAGCAGGAAGGUGACGCCCCUGCAGAGCGGCCUGCGCGAGGCGCUGAGGGGCAUUGCCGGAGACGAGGCCAGAGUCCGCUUCGAGGUGGACACGAGCUGCGGCUGGUGCCUGGAUGCCGAGAUGGUGCUGAACAGCGACAACCAGCCGCUGCCCGUGGCAGACUUCGCCGCUCCUCCGCUGGCCCAGGCGGGGAGAUCUCGGCCGCGCCUGUCUCAGACCAGAAGGCUCGCCUUCCUCGCCUGGGAGUUCCCGAACUUCAGCAACCGGAGCAAGGAGCUGCUGGGCCGCUUCGCCCUCGCCCAGAGGCACAUCCGGGCCUUGGGCUUCUUGAUCAUCGAAGUUCCCUAUUAUGAGUGGAUGGACUUGAAGUCGGAGAGGCAGAAGGCGGCCUAUCUCAGGGACAAGAUGAACAAAGCCGUGGCUGCAGAGAUGGCCAGAUAGGGGUGCACGCAGCUCGAAGCCGUUGGGGGGGAGCAGUCGGACGGUGGCACAGAAGGGGCUGUGCCCCUCUCCCCCUCUUUACGCCGGUGGUGCUGUGGACAGGGGCGGGAGUCUCUCCAGCCGCGCCGAGCAGCCACGGAGGUGAAUGUGCUUUGAAUAAACAGGCGACCAUCUGGUUUGGA